AUGGGUUGUUGCAAAAAUUCACUAAGAUGUUCAGAUGACUUACAUUUAGAACAUAAAGGCUUCUAAAUCUCUCCCAAAUCCUUAAGUAUGGCUCCUGUGUCUAGCAAUCUAAUAAAGGGAGAUACUGAUGAAAUCAUUGAACAGAUCUAUUGUUUUGAUAACACUCGUGAACAAAAAACCUUACUGGAGAAUCUCAGAUCCAAUAAAUUCACUAAAUCUAACAUUCUCAAUUUAAAAGAAGAUGUUAUUAUCGAUUUACGAUAAGCUCAGAGUCCUUCUAAAAAAUAAAUGUCAAAUAAGAACUUAAACAAUAAAUUCAUUAAAAUGCUGUGA